AUGAUAGUCACCGUGCAUGAUGGAGGGAAAGAGGGAGGGAUAAUGCCUUCAGAAUACAUGAUGACUGUAGUCACUGGGCUUAAACUGACUGGGGGGUUGUGUGGCGUGCAGAGACAGAGAGCGUGCAUGUGAAUGACACGGAGCACCAGCAUCACUCUUCCCCCUGCAGCAGCUCUCAGCCUCUCCUACUGAUGGGAGAUGAAGGGCAUCCGACAGGUUGAGGAACAUACGACACACGCAGCUUUCCAACUCCAACUGCUUUUUUAAUUUAUCCGAGUACCCACAAGAAAUACCUAGUAAGCUGCAGAAGUAGAGCAAAUUUUCUGAGCGAGUUUCACUCAGCACUCACAGCCUGUUGAAGAGGCGAGGGGAGGCUGAACAACAUGACGGACUGUGAAGAGGGAGAAGGGGGACCCAACAGCCAGGGUGACGGAAUCCCCAAAGAAAGCUGCCCUUUUAUCAACAGUGCAGCCACUGAUGUGGAAAAGAGUCAGCAAUAUGACAGCAAGAGCAUGGCUCUGUUUGAGGAAGAGAUGGAUACCAGCCCAAUGGUUUCCUCUCUACUCAGCACUCUGGCCAACUACUCCAACCUACCGACUGGCAGCAAAGAGCACGAAGAGGCUGAAAAUAAUGAGGAAGGGGCACGCCCAUCUAAAAAGCCUGUCAAGGCACCUCAGUUGGGUACUCUGAUGGGAGUCUACUUGCCAUGCAUCCAGAAUAUUUUUGGGGUGAUCCUCUUCCUGCGGAUGACGUGGAUGGUCGGGAUUGGCGGCGUCUUUGGCUCUUUUAUAAUCGUCUUCAUGUGCUGCUCGACGACCAUGCUCACAGCCAUCUCCAUGAGCGCCAUUGCAACAAAUGGAGUCGUUCCAGCUGGAGGUUCGUAUUACAUGAUCUCUCGCUCUCUGGGGCCUGAGUUUGGUGGAGCGGUGGGCAUCUGCUUUUACCUGGGAACCACUUUUGCUGGAGCCAUGUACAUUCUUGGCUGUAUUGAAAUUCUCCUGAUUUACAUCAUUCCACAAGCGGCCAUUUUCAAGAUCGAAGGCCUGGAGGGACCAGAGGCAGAGAUCGCACUGCUCAACAACAUGCGAGUUUACGGCACCAUCGUGCUGAGCUUCAUGGCCCUGGUUGUGUUUGUGGGAGUCAAAUAUGUCAACAAGUUAGCGCUGGUCUUCCUGGCCUGCGUCAUCCUCUCCAUCCUGGCUGUUUAUGCCGGAAUCAUCAAAACAGCCAUUGAGCCCCCCGUCUUCCCCGUCUGUAUUCUUGGGAAUCGAACACUCCUUUCUAAAUCAUACGAUGUCUGUGCAAAAAUUGUUGAACUGGACAAUGAGACUGUCACUACCAAACUCUGGAGGUCAUUUUGUGAUUCUGAAUCCCUAAACGCCACGUGUGACGAAUAUUUCAACAACAACGAUGUAACAGAGAUACAGGGCAUCCCAGGAGUUACUAGUGGGAUCCUGGCAGAAAAUCUGUUUUGUAACUAUUUGGAAAAAGGGAUGUUCCUAGAGAAGCGAGGUCUUGCAUCCAAUGUAGAUCCUGACAGUCCCGUCUCCAACACCAACCGCUAUGUCCUGGCUGACAUCACCAGCUUCUUCACCCUGCUGGUGGGGAUAUACUUCCCAUCCGUCACAGGUAUCAUGGCCGGAUCCAACCGUUCCGGUGACCUGCGUGAUGCUCAGAAGUCGAUUCCGAUUGGGACCAUUGCAGCCAUCACCACUACAUCUACUGUGUACAUGUCGUGUGUGGUGCUGUUUGGUGCUUGUAUAGAAGGAGUGGUACUACGAGACAAGUUUGGUGAAGGGGUUAAUGGUAACCUGGUGAUUGGUACUUUGGCAUGGCCGUCUCCGUGGGUGAUCGUGUUUGGUUCCUUCUUCUCCACCUGCGGCGCAGGACUUCAGAGUCUGACAGGAGCUCCACGUCUGCUCCAAGCCAUUGCAAGAGAUGGGAUCAUCCCUUUUCUCAGAGUUUUUGGACAUGGCAAAGCCAACGGGGAGCCCACCUGGGCUCUCCUCCUUACAGCCAGCAUCUGUGAGAUCGGCAUCAUCAUUGCCUCCCUGGAUUCAGUCGCUCCCAUCCUCUCCAUGUUUUUCUUGAUGUGCUACAUGUUCGUCAAUCUGGCCUGUGCCCUGCAGACUCUGCUGAGGACACCAAACUGGAGGCCGCGCUUUAAGUUCUAUCACUGGGCUCUGUCUUUCCUGGGUAUGAGCCUGUGUCUGUCCCUCAUGUUCAUCUGUUCCUGGUAUUACGCAAUAGUCGCUAUGGGCAUCGCCACCUGCAUCUACAAAUACAUAGAGUUCUGUGGAGCUGAGAAAGAAUGGGGUGAUGGUAUACGAGGGAUUUCGUUGAGCGCUGCCCGAUUCGCCCUGAUGAGGCUGGAGGAGGGACCUCCACACACAAAGAACUGGAGGCCUCAGAUUCUGGUUCUGGUGAGCGUGGAUGCUGAGCAGAACGUAGAGCAGCCCCGUCUGCUCUCUCUGACCAGUCAGCUGAAGGCAGGAAGAGGUCUCACCAUCGUUGGUACCUCUGUUCAAGGAACCUUCCUCAACAAUUACACUGAAACCCAGAAGGCAGAUCAGUCUUUGCGUAAGCUGAUGGAAACAGAAAAGGUGAAGGGCUUUUCUCAGGUAGUCAUCUCCUCCAACCUGAGAGAUGGGACGUCCCAUUUGGUCCAGAGUGGAGGACUUGGAGGUCUGAAGCACAACACUGUGAUGGUCAGUUGGCCUCACAACUGGAAACAGCCAGAGUUCCACCAGCAGUUUAGAAACUUCAUUGAGGUUGUUAGAGAGACCACUAUAGCCAGUUUGGCUUUACUGGUCCCUAAAAAUAUCUCCAGUUACCCAUCCAACGGAGAGCGCUUCACAGAGGGCUACAUAGAUGUGUGGUGGAUUGUUCAUGACGGAGGCAUGCUGAUGCUCCUACCCUUCCUACUGCGCCAGCACAAGGUCUGGAGGAAGUGCAAGAUGCGCAUUUUCACCGUAGCACAAAUGGAUGACAACAGCAUCCAGAUGAAGAAAGACCUUCUCAUAUUCCUCUAUCACCUGCGCAUCGAUGCUGCUGUGGAGGUGGUGGAGAUGCUUGACAAUGACAUCUCAGCCUACACCUAUGAGAAGACGCUGAUAAUGGAACAGCGAUCGCAGAUCCUCAAACAGAUGCAUCUGACCAAGAAUGAGAUGGAGAGAGAGAUCCAAAGUAUAACAGAUUCAUCCCGUGGAUCCAUCCGGCGUAAAAACAAACCCACUUUGCAACCCCAGCACAGCAAAGAAGAGGGGAGCAGCCCAGCAGAUAAACCAGAUGACAAGUCUGAGGCUGUCUCCCACCCAAAACAGGCACAGCUGAUCUACAGUAAGAAGACCACCACUCCAUCAAGCCACACCCCUGCAGCAACCUGGACAGAGAAAAAAGAUGCAGGAAAAGGGAGGACCCAAUCAGCAUCGACACCAGAGGCAGGAAGAGACUUUCUCAAUAUGAAGCCAGAAUGGGAGAACUUGAACCAAAUCGAUGUGAGACGGAUGCACACUGCUAUGCGACUCAAUGAGGUGAUCACAAAGAAGUCCAAAGAGGCUAAACUUGUCCUGCUCAACAUGCCUGGACCACCAAAGAACAGGGUGGGAGAUGAAAACUAUAUGGAGUUCCUUGAGGUGCUCACUGAAGGUCUGAACAGGGUUCUCCUGGUGCGUGGAGGAGGACGAGAAGUCAUCACCAUCUACUCCUGAGAGUAUUUCAUCAGCUUCUCUAGAACUCUGAGCCCCCUUCCAAGAAAACCCUUUCCUCCCGCAGCCACCGCAGCCUUCUCAGGUGACUUCCAGUUUUGCUGACCUACCAGCUGCUGCCACCACCACCCUACAGCCAUCUCUCUUCAAGACUGACAAAAGCAGGAGAUUUUAUAUCAACUUACAUCCUGAUCUGCUCCUCUGUGAAGCACUGUGGCUGCUUCCCCUUUUCUUUAUGACAUCCCUACGGUUUCAACACAUGAUUUGUCUGUCUGUCUAAGUAUUGAUAUGUUCUAACAUAAUCUAGCUAUCUAAUGAGGGCAAGACAACGCGAUUCCUGAAGAGAGACUAGCAUUCAGGUUGGUAAUCUGGUUUGUCAGAAGAGGGUUUUGUCACAGGAAUAUUCUGCUCUGUUCUCAAGUGUCGUUGAAGAAGUUUAUUUUCAUCUGUUGCAAACAUUUUAGUGUUUUCUUAAGUAAAAUGAGACUGUUGUUACUUAGCGUUUAGUUUAAGGAGCUCUCUUGUUUUAAACUCGAGCUGCUCUCUUUUCUCUUCUAACUUUUUCAUGACUUUUUAUCCUGUCUUCAUCAGUAGAACGUUUUAUUUGCUUUUCCAAAUUUAGGAUUGUUUUUGUUCGCUAAUAAUAUUUGAUCUGAAAGGACUUUGUUGGCAUUUCUGCAUUCAUAAAGUUCAUUUUGGUUAAGCUAUAUGAGCUGUCUGUCCCAGUGAGAGCAGCUUUUCUACAAGAAUGGAUGGACAAUUGUUCAGUGCAGUGCGUUAAUAUGCAUGAAUAUUUGGUAGUCACCUCGCAGCACCAAGGUCCUCAAAUUAUAAUCUCGAUUUUUUUGCAAAAUGAUGUAAAAAUUCUAUUGUUGCAAAGUAGAUGGGCUUUUUUUCUUUUAGCCCCGAACCUGUAGAAAGCUGUAGAGAUGGAUGUUUGUUUUUGGACCAAAAAUAGAUGAAAAAUGACAAGUUCAUUAUUGAGAAUAAACAAAUGAAAAAUACAACAGGAAACCAGA